AUGGCGCAACAGCCCUUGCCAACCACGGCCCAGCCGACCGACAUUUACGGCGGAGAUGAGGUAUCGGCCCUCGUGCUUGACCCUGGCUACUGCACCACACGCGCUGGCUUCGCCGGUGAAGAUGCUCCCAAAUCCGUGCUGCCCUCGUUUUACGGGCAUGUUACAAGCGACCCGCCCAGGGACAUCUUCGGCGACGAGUGUAUUAUCCCACGCGCCGACUUCGAGAUUCGCAACUAUAUGAACCGCGACAGCAUUGUCGAGGACUGGGAUGUCGCGAACAAGGUGUGGGAGCACAUGCUGAUCAAGCGCCUUCAACCCGAACGCCCAAGCCCCCCGUCCAAGAACGGCCUCAACGACGAGCCCAAGGAAGCCGAUACCGAGGGCGAUGUCGCGAUGGAGGAAGUUGAGACGCAAGAAAAACCGCUGCAGGAGAACCCUCUGCUCAUUACAGAGGCGCCGUGGAACACGCCAAAGAACAGAGAAAAGGCCAUCGAGCUGGCGAUGGAGAACUGGGGCUGCCCCGCGUUCUGGCUGAGCAAGACACCUGUCCUGGCGGCUUUUGCUGCCGGCAAGGCCACUGCUCUUGUCAUUGACGUGGGCGGCGCCAACGCCUCGGUCACUGCCAUUCACGACGGCAUGGUUCUGAAGCGCUCGGUCCAGCGCUCUCCUGCUGCCGGUCUUUGGCUGUCUUCUCAGAUCCGCAGCUUGUGGAAGACUUCAGAGCCCCAGGUCAAUCUUGUACCCACUUAUAAGAUUGAGAACAAGACUGCAGUGGACGCCCUGGCGCCCGCGCAGUACCGCGAGCGCAAGUUCCCCUUUCAGAUCAGCGACUCGUUCAACCUGUACGAGGAGGAGCGAACCUUGACCGAGUUCAAGGAGUCGGUCGUCGAGGUAUGGCGCGGACCUGGCAAGCUCGGCGCGCCCGGCAACGAGGACUACGUUAAGACCCAGCCCGGCCGGGUGUUUGAGAUGCCAGACGGCUACAACCAAAUGUGGCGCGAGCAGCGCUUCAAGGUGACCGAGGGUCUGUUUGACGACAACGCAGGCCUGCCGGUGCCCGAGUCGGAGCGCCUCACCAAGGGUCAGACGAUCCCUGAGCUCAUCAAGGCGUCGCUCAGUGCGAUCGACGUUGACCUGCGCGGCAACCUACUCGCCAACGUGGUCGUGAUGGGCAGCACCAGCCUAAUCAACGGCUUCAACGACCGCCUAAACAACGAGCUGACGGCCAUGUACCCCGGCCUCAAGAUCAAGAUCCACGCGGCGGGCCUGACGAGCGAGCGCCGUUUCGCCUCGUGGAUUGGCGGCAGUAUCCUGGCCAGCUUGGGCACGUUCCACCAGAUGUGGAUUUCGAAAAAGGAGUACGAGGAGAACGGCGUCAACAUCGUAGAGAAGCGCUGCAAAUAG